AUGGCGUCUGCCUUCUCCAAACGCGACGCCUUCCUGUUGGGCGCAGCCUCUGGCGCUCUGCUCGGAACGGCAGCAACUCUCGGCGCUGUCGCUUACCUCCACUGCAGAAGAGGCGGCAGGCCGUGUCCCUUUCAAACUGCUCUUCUGCGAUCGGCAGCUCACCUCCUCUGUCCCGUCGCUUCUUCCUCUUCCUCUUCUUCUUCGUGCUGUGAGGUUUCCUGCGGCGAGUGCACCGCGCACCCUGCCACGUGCGCGUCUGGACUGUCCUCAGGAGUCACCUCGCCAGUCCCUGCAGGCUCUCCGGAGUUCGACGCCGGCGCGGCUGAGGCGCGAGAAGAGUGCCCGGGAGUCGCCAGCGAAGGCGCCGGGAAAGCCGACGCCUGCGAAGGCUGUCCAAAUCGAGCACUCUGUUCAAGUGGAGCGGCGGCGGGGGCUGUCGCUGCACAGAAGACCGCAGCGAGUGACGUGGCGGAGCGCCUGCGGGGCGUGAAACGGAAAGUUAUGAUUUUGUCGGGGAAAGGCGGCGUCGGGAAAUCGUCGAUUGCCUCACAGAUAGCGUGGACGGCCGCGUCGCGAGGGCUGAGCGUCGGCGUCUGCGACGUCGAUGUCUGCGGGCCCUCCAUUCCUCUGAUGAUGCAAGUCGUGCACGGAGAAGUUCACCAGUCGGCUUCUGGCUGGGAGCCUGUGUAUGUACGCGACAACCUCGCGGUGAUGUCGAUAGGCUUUCUUCUCCCGGACACUGACGCCGCAGUGGUCUGGCGCGGGCCGAAGAAGAACGGAUUGAUUCACCAGUUCUUCGCGGACGUUCGCUGGGGCGACCUCGACCUCCUCCUCAUCGACACGCCUCCCGGGACUUCUGAUGAGCAUCUGUCUUUGGUAUCUCUCCUCUCGACGGACGGCGCCCUGAUCGUCACGACGCCGCAGGAGGCAGCUCUCCAGGACGUUCGCAAGGAAAUCAACUUCUGCAAGAAGGUCGGCGUGAACGUUUUGGGCGUUGUCGAAAACAUGGCGUCGUCCGUCUUCGCGAGUGUUAACCCGGAAGGCGCGAAGGGCAUGUGCAAGCAGAUGGACGUUCCGUACUCAGGCGCCGUUCCCCUCGAUCCGUCGUUGCUUCGCGCCUGCGAGUCCGGUGUGGCUGUCGUCGAGGAAUUCCCCGAUGCGCCUGCGAGCGCCGCGCUCGAAAAGAUGGUGACGGACCUUCUCACGCUCCUCGACUUGCCGCUCCGUCGUGAUGAAGAUGCUUUUGCGUGA